AUGAACAAUCCUGCCCAACCAAAGAAGAGAGGCCGAAAAAAGAAAAUUGAAAUAGUCCCUGAGAAAAUUCACGUUCCAAAAGCUGAACAACCACAGAUAAUUCAAGCCAAAAACAUAGUUAAAAGUCCUGAAAAUCUUCAGCUGGAACGGGAAAAGAUUGUUAAGGAGCUCGAAGAAAAGGCAAGUAAAGUAGACAAGCUAGUGGACGACGAGAAGAUAAUUAACAGAGUUCACCAGAGAAUGAUAAGUAAACAACGAUUCAGUAACAGAAAAAAUGAAUGGGAACUAGAAAGAAACGUAGGAAAGACAGUCGAUGAUGUUGAGUGGCAAACAGUAAUUUUGCCUGGAAUGAUGAAUAGAAUGUGUUUAAUAUUAGAGUUUUUAUUGAAGAAUGGGCCAAUGACAAGAAUAGAUAACGAUAUUUUUAACGAGUGUGUGGAAGUGAUUAGAUUGUAUUAUACUGAGCAGUUAAGACUUAUUUCCAAGAGUGAUAUUAACAGUAAUUUAAAGGAGAUUUGUAUAACGAACAUGCUUUGUCCUGACGAUGAUAUGCCAGCCAAUAAGGUGAUUAAUGAAAUUUUAUCAGAAUUUAACUUUGGAGAAGAUGUGAUUAAAAAGAGGGAUACCGAAAAAUAG